AUAGAAAUUUCCUUAGUCAGCUAACCUAUGUGUAUCAAUUCUCAUAAGAUUUCCUUGAGAUAGGAAAAGUGGUAGCCGUAAAGCAAAAAGGAGCUUCAAGAGCUGGUCGGCAAGGGUUACCUGUGUGCAGGCAUGCGAGGGCCAUCACUCCUUCCAGGACUCUGUUUUCUGCUGAGUUUAUCAGUAGUCAUGGAUCAAAAGACCACAGCUUCCUGUAACUGCCCCCAGCAUGCUUACUGUGUCAAUGACACUCACUGUACAUGCGAACAUGGAUACCGUUCUGACUUUGAGCAGCAGUUCUUCACAUUUCCCUUGACUACAUGCCAAGAUAUUAAUGAAUGUGACCCACCCAUUAGUAUAUACUGUGGAGCAAAUGCUGCAUGUAAGAAUGUCGAUGGAGGUUUCCACUGUCGCUGUAAUCCUGGAUACAAACUCCUCUCUGGGGAUACACAAUUCCAGAAUUCCAAUGAAAACACUUGUCAAAAAACCACUUCCUCAGCCACAACCAAAGACAUGAAGGAUGUGAGCAAAAGCCCAGUCCUUGAACCCAACGAGCUGCAACAUGUUGUUGAGACAUUCCAGUCACUUCUCACUAAUAACACUCCACUGGGAACAGGAGAGAAGGGAGCAGUCGCAACUUGGGCCACGGAAGUUCUCCAGACGGUGGAAUCAGCUGCUCUAGAAACUGCCUUGAAAUCCCCGGAGCACAAAAUCCAGGAAAUCCACAACAAUACUGUGGCUAUUGAAACGCGAGUUGUUACAGACAAUUGUUCUGAAGAAGGACAGAUGUUCAGCUUGAACACCCACAUGAACUCAGUGGACAUCCACUGCAAUGACAUCGUGCAAGGAAACAUACAAGGUCCCACUGCAAUUGCCUUUAUUUCUUAUUCUUCUCUUGGAAACAUCAUAAACGCGACAUUUUUUGAAGAGGCAAAUGAGAGAAAUCAGGUUUACCUGAACUCCGAGGUCGUGAGUGCUGCUAUUAGACCCCAAAGGAAUCUCUCUCUCUCCAAGUCUGUGAUUCUGAGUUUUCAGCACGUGAAGAGGAAGCCCGGUACAAGAAAGGCCUUCUGCGUGUACUGGAAAAGCUCGGGGGAACGUGGCCAGUGGUCCAGGGACGGCUGUUUCCUGAUGCAAGUGAACGAGAGUCACACCAUAUGCAGCUCCACCCACCUGUCCAGUUUCGCUGUCCUCGUGGCCUUUACCAGCCAGGAGGAGGAUCCCUUGCUGGCUGUGAUCACCUAUGUGGGGCUGGGCCUCUCUCUGCUGUGCCUCCUCCUGGCAGCCCUCACCUUCCUGCUGUGGAAGCCAGAGUUCUGCCUUGGGUUUAAACCCAACCAGUCUAGCUCCAGAGCCCUCACCAUUAACAACUACACUAGGGUGUCCAGGUCCAUUAUCAGCUUUUUCACAUCAUUGUGUAUGACUCCCCUCAGGAUGCUGACAUUUAAAGCCACAGCUCAGCUCUUCAUCCUGGGCUGCACGUGGUGCCUGGGCAUCCUGCAGGUGGGUCCAGCUGCCCAUGUCAUGGCUUACCUCUUCACCAUCGUCAACAGCCUGCAGGGCGUCUUCAUCUUCCUGGUGUACUGCCUCCUCAGCCAGCAGGUCCGAAAGUGGUUUGGAGAGAUCAUGAAAUUUAAAUCUGAGUCUGAGACUUAUACACUUUCCACCAAGUUUGGCGCUGACUCAAAACCCAGUGAAGUAAGAGGGCUUGUGACUUAUUCUAAUGCUUCCCCCCUUCACACCCCAAAUCCCCUCUCCCUGUCUUAGUAUGAGCUCCCUUGCCCAGAGGUAAUGGCCAAGAGUGCUACCCGAUGACCUGGCUUGCAUUUCCUGUUCUCACUAUAUUAUUUCUCAGUGACUCUUCCCUGACCACUGAGAGUGCUUAAGCUAGUUUGUGUAUAUAUUCUUGUCACACAAAAGAAUAGGGGUAAGACAUAUCACCAGCACCAUUACUAUCUAAAGUAGGAUCUUUUUGGGGACAGACUUCCAAUCACAGACAUAGCACGGUGGUCAUCAUUCUCUGAAAUCCCGCUGUCCCAUAGAGAGGUGAACGUAAGCCCAGCGGGGUUGGUAGAUACCAUGGAAAAGAGAGGGACCCCACCCCAGCUGUUCUACAUAACUAUAAGGGAGGGGUGCAUGGAAUAAUGGGACGUUCCAGGGAAAGGAAAUGGUCCUGUUAGAAAGAAGACCUCUGUGGAACUCAGUGGCUCGUAUCCAUCCGUUCUCCCAUUGAUUUAACUCAAGCUCAAAGCGCUACCUUGUAUCUCUCUAUAGUUGUCCCCUUUUGUCUUUUUGAAGAAAUGAGAGAAUAUGCUUCUUUAAGAAGGCAUGCCCCUAGAUGAGCUAGAUGGGCUCCAAAACUCAUAAUCCAUAAAAAUUUUCCCAGUUUCAUUUUAUACUCCCAUGUGAAUUCCCACCACAUCUGCUAGCCAAGGAGCUUUAGAAUGUGUUGUUUUUAAAAUGAACAAAAUUGAGAAAUUUCUGACACCUUGUCUUCUAUUUUCUUGAGCUAAUAUGUGAUAGUCUCAGCAUUGGAAAUAUUGAGUCACUAAAAAAAAUCUAUCCUUAUUUGGUGGGCAGAAAGGAGAAUUCAUUCUAAAUCUUUGCAAAAAGGACCAAAAGGAAAACAGGACCAGGAAAAAAAUGUUAGGGCAUGUCAAGGGAUCAGAAAAAAAAUUUAUGAAUAUUAGGUUUGAUCAUUCCCAAUAAGAGUAAAAUUGUAAAAGGUGCUGGCUGCUGACUGUGACCUCUGAAAGACUUCCCAGAUAACCCAAAAUAAUUCCCCAAGUUUUCAGCACUCCAGUAACUGGAAAUUUUUAUUAUCAUUACUUAACAUUGUGGAAGUUGAAUAAGAUGAUUGUAUCUUUGAAAGGGGAAUAUAUAUAUUAGUUCCCUAUAAGAAAUACAUUCACUUUAAUUAAAAGAAUUUCUAAAGCUUUUAUUUUUCUAGGCACAGGAUAUGAUUAAAAAGCUAAAAAAAAAAAAAGUCCUUUCACUCUCCAUGGACAAAUUUGCCCUGGGUUAAAUUUCUAGUUCUGUUCCCUAGAAAUUUGCUAACAUUGAAAGGCCACUUGUGUAACCAGACAAUAUUGUUUGUGGAAAAAGUCAUGCUUGACUGGGCAGGGAGUUCUGUGAAUGAACCAUAAAUAGUAAGAGGGAUGAUAGCUUUGGACUUCCUGCAUACAAUGACUCAUUCCUCACAGGCCAGGAACCGCCACCCUCACGGGCUGCUAUAGGAGGUAUUGGUUUUCUUGUGGGACUUGGGGCUUGUAAACGAAGCUGUAACUUGUGGGUGGUAAAAACUAUAUUUGUUGAGUUCUACAAUGUGUCAAGAUGCGUAGUAGGCAGUGGACCUGCAAAAGGGACAAGCCCAACACAGUCUCUGACUUCACGGGCUUAGAGUCUAGCCUUUCUUCAUAGACACAAACCAACUUAAAUUCUGGAGCAGGAUACUAUGUCUGAAUUUAAAAAAAAAAAAAAAAA